AUGUGGGCCACAAUAGAGUGGGGGAAGCUGCACCCAAAAGGCCUGCAGCUUCCCUCGAGGUGGGCGCCUGGCGGCCUGGAGCAGGCGUACCUCCGCUGCGGCAACAUCACCAGUGACUACGCCAAAACCUUCUACCUGGGGACGAAGCUGAUGACCCCGGAGAAGGCGCGCGCCAUCUGGGCCAUCUAUGUCUGGUGCAGGCGUACCGACGAGCUUGUGGACGGCCCAAAUGCAUCGCGCAUGAACCCCAGGGAGCUGGACAGGUGGGAGGAGAGGCUAGAGGAGCUAUUCGAUGGCAGGCCAUACGAUGUAUAUGAUGCGGCCCUCACAGCCACCAUCUCCAACUUCCCAGUCUCCAUCCAGCCCUUCAGAGACAUGAUAGACGGCAUGCGCAUGGAUCUGGUGAAGCCGCGCUAUGACACAUACGAUGAGCUGUACGAGUACUGCUACAAGGUGGCCGGCACUGUGGGACUCAUGACAACGCCAGUCAUGGGCGUGGACCCCUCCUACACGGGCCCGAUGGAGGCGGUGCACAGGGCGGCGCUGGCGCUGGGCACAGCCAACCAGCUGACUAACAUAUUACGCGAUGUGGGAGAGGACGCAGUCGAACGCAACCGCAUCUACGUGCCCCGCGAUGAGCUGGACAUGUUCGGCAUCAGCGAGGCCGAGGUGCUGUCGGGGAUGUUCAGCAGCACGACGGGCCGCAUAGACGACAGGUGGCAGCGCUUCAUGAAGUUCCAGAUUGCGCGCGCCCGGCAGUGCUUCGCCGACGCCGAGGCCGGGGUGGACCACUUGGACACCGACGCUCGCUGGCCUGUAUGGUCUGCCCUCAUCCUGUACAGGCAAAUUCUGGACGCGAUAGAGCGCAACGGGUACAAUAACUUCACCAAGCGCGCGUACGUGCCCAAGUGGCGCAAAUACCUCAGCCUGCCCAUGGCUUUCGCGCGCGCGUCCAGCCCGGCCGCCAUCAAGAAGCCCGCCAAGCUCCUGCUUCCUCCCAGCGCCUCCGCCGCCACCGUCACUGCAGACCGACUCGCCAAGUGACUGCAGCGUCUGCUCGGCUGAGG